AUGAUAGAUCUCAGCAUUGUACUUCACAAGGAAGUCACUUUUCCGGCUCUCCUCUAUGUUUGCUAUCUUUUGCACAGAGACUUGAAGUCAGCAAAAGCCACUUCACAGGUGGAUGAUAAUGCGCCGGAGGUUGAAACUCAGCAUCAUGUAAACCCUUCGUCUUCAUUGGAAUGGAACCCAAAUCCUGCCAUGUCAUCAGUAAGGCGUAUAGACUCCGAGGAGGAUUAUAAGCCAUGGCACGAAACCAAACCUUACCCUUAUAAACCUUUCAAGGCCGGCGAAUACCGUCUCACAAUGGGUGUAAGACCAAUUCCUUCAGACGAUUGGUUGGUUCUCGAAAAUACAUACAAGGAAAGAAUUGAAUCGAAGUGGGAAAUCAUUAAAUCUAAUUACAAGGAUGUCAUUUAUCACCUUGAUCCAGCGAUGAUCAAUUGUUCGGAAUCAGACAUUGGUCAAAAAACAAGCGGAAAGGUGCUCACCGAGGAAAUUCUGAUAACCCAGAAAGACGUUGAAAAUAGUAACGUAGCAUUGUGUGAGCUUUACAGCUAUGUUACGAGCUUCCUGAUUCAACGUUUCCCUCAAUUUUUUGAGAUGAAAUUAUCUCCCUCUGAAGAGAGUCCUGGCGUUUUCUACAAUAAAAUCUUGGAUGAGUUUCAUCCUCUAGAUCCUGCAAAAUACUUGGAAUUAGAGGACGGUGACAUUUCCUUCCUCAAAUAUUGCUGCAUGAAUGUUGAAUUCAUUCCCCGUGAACUUCAAGAGGGCAAUUGCAAAACCGAUAAAGUUGGAUAUAUUCCAUUGGUUACCUGUUCGAAAACGAGACGUGCACAUGAACUUAUUCUGUCAAUGAGUAGAAUGGUAGAGGAGGACCUCGUAUUACUUUUGCCUAACGCCAGUAGACAAUAUAACGGCGAAUAUAUUCUUUUUACAGGGUGUUUUGCAUUUGCAGCUGGAUUCAAUCCACGUCAACGUUACUUAAAGCCUUUAACAUUGAUUCAUGGCCCUGUUCCCGAUUAUAAACGCAAUUUGCAAUCACAGAUGAACAAGUUCUUCGAAACAACCCGGCAGGGAAAAGUUGUUAUGAGAUUGAACUUUUCAUUUCAAGUUCACGAUAAGCUUUACGUCACACAAGAGAAUAAAGGAACGGAAGACGAAGAAAUCCGUGCCAAAACACUGGAUGAACUAAGAGGUGGCCAUGACUUAUACUACCGGUCCGAAAGACAAUGCGUGGUAAAGUUGGGUCCACAAAGUAAUGCCAUUUGCUUCUCGAUCAAAACAUACCUAUGGAACAUGGCAGAGCAAUUUUUAGAGGACGAAUUCUACGCUCAGGAAAGUGUCAUUGAGGACUUACGCAGUGCUGUCACCGGUAUGCAGGAAAAUAUCGGUCAGUACAAAAGAAGGCCCGAAUGGGGUCCUGCAUUAGUAGAUCUCUUACAGAAAAGACUGGAACGGUUCAAGUAA